CCUUCUCCAGCUCCCACUUCCUCACCUUUCCUCCGCCGUUCGUUUGUUGACCCUCGCGCCUCGAAUCAACUUUGCACCUCUUGCCAGUGUGCUCUUUCUCACUCUCUCUUUUGCACUCGACCUCUUUUUCCUCCGCCUUCUUCCUCCCCCGGUCGCCCACCAUGUCGUCUCUCAGCGCGAUGAAGAUUCGUCGCAAGAAGAAUGUCAAGAAGGGUAUUCAGUUCAGUCUCAUGGUCUGCGGCGCUAGCGGAACUGGUCGCACAACCUUCGUCAACACACUUUGCGGAAAGAAGGUGCUCGAGAGCAAGGAUUCUGACGAUGCCGCCAACGCUCACGUCGAAGAAGGGGUUCGGAUCAAGCCCGUCACAGUCGAACUCGAGCUGGAUGAGGAGGGCACUCGCAUUUCCCUAACCAUCGUCGAUACCCCCGGGUUCGGUGACCAGAUCGACAACGAAGCAAGCUUUGGAGAGAUUGUUGGAUACCUUGAGCGUCAAUACGAUGACAUCCUCGCUGAAGAAUCGCGCAUCAAGCGUAACCCCAGAUUCCGGGACAACCGUGUCCACGUCCUGCUGUACUUCAUUACUCCGACCGGCCACGGUCUGCGUGAGCUGGACAUCGAGCUGAUGAAGCGCCUGUCGCCCCGUGUCAACGUCAUCCCCGUCAUUGGCAAGGCCGACUCGCUGACCCCGGCCGAGCUCGCAGAAUCGAAGAAGCUUAUCAUGGAGGACAUUGAGCACUACCGCAUCCCUGUCUACAACUUCCCAUACGACAUUGAGGAGGACGAUGAAGAUACCGUCGAGGAGAAUGCCGAGCUCCGUGGUCUGAUGCCGUUUGCCAUCGUGGGAUCGGAAGACAUUCUGGAGAUCGAGGGCCGCAAAGUGCGAGCCAGGCAAUACCCCUGGGGUCUUGUCGAGGUUGAGAAUCCCCGUCACUCCGACUUCCUGGCCAUCCGAAGUGCUCUCCUUCACAGCCACCUGGCAGAUCUCAAGGAGAUCACUCACGACUUCCUCUAUGAGAACUAUCGUACCGAGAAGCUCAGCAAGAGCGUCGACGGCGCUGCCGCGAACCAAGACUCGACGAUGAACCCCGAAGAUCUUGCCUCUCAAUCCGUCCGCCUCAAGGAAGAGCAGCUUCGACGCGAGGAGGAGAAGCUCCGCGAAAUCGAGCUCAAGGUCCAGAGGGAGAUUGCUGAGAAGCGCCAGGAGCUGCUGGCUCGCGAAAGCCAGCUCAGAGAAAUCGAAGCCCGGAUGGCCCGGGAGGCCAGCCAGCACCGAGUCGACGAGGAGGCCAACGGCGAAGCUUAAAUGUACCAAUACCCUGCUGCAGAUUCAUCGUUUGGCGAAAGGAGAGACCGGCCCAGUUUGCGCAGUACGAUCACCGUAGGUGCCAACAUAAUGGAACUUGCGGCGCCAAGGUAGAGAGACUGUGUGUAGAAAUUGGGGCUUUUAAUAUUGACCACUUCCUCUUUUUCUCUUUUUUCUUUCCAUUCUUCUUGUUCCCAGUUCAUAGUAUUCUAUCGGGGGGAAUUCAACCGUUUCGUCUUCAGUUGCUCUCUCUCUCUCCACCAGCCUCUGCUUCUUGCCCAGAAGAAGCUGGGCCACUCUGGUCAUGGCCAUCUAUUCCUAGCGGUCUUCUAUCCUUUUUUUUUUCUCAGUCCCUUCCUUUUCUAACCGG